GCAUUUUAUAUACAGUAGAUAAGAGUCAAAAGACUAGAGAGCAGAGAAUACAAAUCUACAACCGGGUCAACUCAGAUCGGAGCAGCGAAGCAAAAGAGAUGGCAGUGGUGGAGUUGCUACAGAGAGAAUAUGGGUACGUGGUUCUGGUGCUGGUUCUCUAUACCUUUCUCAAUUUCUGGAUGGCUUUCCAAGUUCUCAAGGCUCGGAAAAGGUAUAAGGUGUUUUUCCCAAACCUCUAUGCAUUAGAAUCUGAAAACAAGGAUGCAAAACUCUUUAAUUGUGUUCAGAGAGGGCAUCAGAACUCACUGGAGUUCAUGCCUUUGUUCUUCAUGUUGAUAGCUCUAGGAGGUCUUAAACAUCCUCUGUUUUCUUCUGUACUUGGACUGAUUUAUACAGUAAGCCGCUAUUUCUACUUCACUGGCUACUCUACUGGCGAACCCAAGAACCGUUUGAAGAUCGGGAGGUUGGGCUUCCCGGCUUUGGGUGGUCUGGCAAUUUGCACGGUCUCUUUGGCGAUCAAUCUUCUUCUCAAAUGAAAUAUCUAGAGUUUGGCCUCUAGUUUUGUUGUAUUGUUAGAAAUUUUUAGCUUUAUUUCUUAGAUUUCGAGAUUUGAAUGAUUGCGUGUGUUGGAGAGAACACCAUAUAAGUGAGACUUGUGUAAUGUGGUUUGUUUCUUCGAUAUUAUGUUUGUUAAAAUAAGAUGCAGAUUCAAAACAUGUUAUCUUUGUGCCU